AUAUUUCUUCUGUAUAUGCCAAUCCCAGAUCUCAUGUUUUGUACCAGUAAUGGUGGAAAGAAGAGAAAAACUGAAGCAAUUAAAGCAGGGGAGGAGAUGAUAUUUAGAGCAGAGUAGAUAUAACUAUGGUGCGUGGAUACUGUUCAAGUUCAUCUCACAACAUAUAAAUGUAGCAGGUCUUACUCUGUUUGUUCCAUUCAUUCAUUCAUUUUCUUUCAGUGGAUUGAUAGUUGACUUAAAUUAGAAUGGAAUUCCUAUGCAGUGCUCUGAAAUAUUACAGAGCCUGGUAGAUGGUUAUCUGUCUGUUUCUGCAAGAACUAUGCAUCAUAUUCUUGUAACUCUUGUGGGUGGAACUGUUCUCCAUUUUCUCCCUGGUUUAUAAGUCAUCAAUUUCUUUUAAGGUCCCUAGAAAUCUUUGCAAACAGAUAAAGAGUCAAUUAUAUUCUCUAUUUCCUUCAAGAUGAAUUUGGGUAGGGAGGAGAAGUUGAUUUUCCACAGAGAAAAGGUGAACAGAAACAGAAUCAGCAAUGCCCAUAUAAUGUCCAUGCCAAUGCCCUUACCAGCCGCCUCCUCUGAUAUGCAAUUUGUGAUAAGACCAUCAUGGGGUUGCAUUGCUAUUCUGAGAGUUAUAUCAAGAUCUGUAUUCUUGCUUCUGGCCUUGGCUACUUUUUCUUUUUUCUGUGAUAAAUCAAAGUCCAACAGGCCUGCAGAGUCAGAUCAUGCAGCUGUCAACACUGUUCUGUCUAGUGAGGUUCAAUGGUCAAGUCACACAUUGUCUAUGGUUUUCCAAGAUAUGAUGUCUGAAGGAUUGUUGAAGACAGGGGACAGGGCCCUGUGCCUUGGAAUUGGGAAACUAUCCAAGAAAGAAACUCUGAGAAUUAAUGGAUUGAAUGUGGUUUAUGAAAAAGAUACCCAACAAGACAUAUUUGCUAAUAAUAACUUAUUUGACUUUGAGUUGAGUGCAGUGAAAUCUUCACAUCCAUAUUUUCCUAUUGCUGAAGUGGAUCAAACUCUCAAGAUUGGAGGUGUUUUUGCUGUGCAUCUUUCACUUGAUGCAGCUGCAUUGAAUCUAAACAGCCUACUUGAGCUCAUGCCUAAUUUCAGAACUGUGUAUCUGAGGAGAUUUGAUGUAUUUGGGCUUGACACUGUGAUUGCUUUCAGAAAGGUAUACCAGGCACCAAACCUCAUUGAAAUGAUCCCAGAAAUGGCCAAUGAGUGCCCCAUGAGUGAAAAGAAAAGGGCAUCAAUAAAGAAUCUAGAACACAUUCUUCUAGAACCACCAAGAGCUUCUUGGAUAGAAUCUAAUGAAAACCUCCACAGCAACAUCCAGUAUCUCCCCAACAUACUAGGUUAUCCUCUGGAUUCCACAGGCUAUGCAUAUAUUGAUGUAGGGGCUAACAGUUACAAAUCAAGCAUUGGUUCAUGGUUUCAGUCUCACUAUCCCAUGCACAACCAUAAGUUUGAUUUAUUUGCAAUUGAAGCAGAUGGGUCAUUUGAGACUGAGUAUGCAGAUCAAGUACAGGUAAAAGUGCUUCCUUUUGGUGAUUGGGUUAAGAAUGAAAGUGGAGUACAGAAUGAACAGAAAAGAGAAGGAUUGGGCUUGGCAGAUUGGUUGACAAAAACUGUGACUGCAGAUGACUAUGUUGUUAUGACAAUGGAUGUUGAUGGAGCUGAAUUCCAGUUAGUGCCAUAUUUGCUGAGGAGUGGAGCCCUGUGCCUUGUUGAUGAGCUCUUCCUUGAAUGUCAUUACCAGACUCCCUAUAAGAAGAAGCAGAAGCAUAGGAGAUCAUAUUGGGAAUGCCUGUCACUCUAUGGUUUGCUCAGAGAAAAGGGUGUUGCAGUGCAUCAAUGGUGGGGGUAAAACAGUAGAUUAUAUAUAUGUAUAACCAUUGAAAAUAAACUGAGGAAAUAAUGUCGCCUAGUGCUUUUGUCUUUUCCUAAGUUGGAAAUUUGGUUAGGCACAUUAUAUUUUAUAAUUAAUGUGUAUGGGGAAAGAGUAUUAAAAUAUUUCUCUCAUA